UACGCAGAUGGAACGUUCGUGUCCCGGCCAGCGGAGGGCACAGACGGAGGCCCCAAAUCAAUGGCUUUUCUCGCCAGUGUGCGCAUAUUGUCAAGUGUUUCUGUGCAGAUGAACCAGUAAGCAUGUCCUCAGAGUUGGGUGUGGAGAGGCCGACGACUUUGGCACUGCCAGAGUCUCGUAUGGAGAGGCGAGUUCACUUCAGUGAUGUUGCAGGAGCACAGAUUCUGAGUGAUGAACCAACCGAAGAGAAUACCACUCCAAGUCCAAAGAAAAUACGUACAGACCCAGAGUUCCGAUACAAGCGUAAAAGAUCAUACAGCUACUCUGGUCCAGGAGAAUUUCGUAACAAGAGACGUAAAAAUAAUAUUGUACUUCCCUCAAAAUUUCUCCUUGGUGGAACUAUAUCAGAUCCACUCAAUCUUGGUUCCCUAGACAAGGAAGGGAUAGCUAAACUUGCUGAAGAUGAGGCAGCAGGGGGAACUGUAUCCAAACGAUCGGAUGCAGUUCGUGUUAUCAUACCACCGAACAUCAAUGACCCGUUAAAUUUAGAUGCUUCCUCAGAUAAUGAAGAUGUUCUCACAGAUGCCCUGCAGAAGCAACUACGGCGUAACAGGAGGAGGAGGAAACGGAAACGGAGACUGUCAGAGCCAGGGAGUGCCACUGCUGAUGGGGAAGGCAUUGAUAAUGACGGAGGACCAGCUGAAGAAGAGGAUUUGCAAGAGAGCAUCCUGCCAGCUCCAAUCCUACCAAAAGCUCCCCUUGAGGAAGCAAUGAAGCCACUGACAGUGAACACAGAGUUCACAACACCACAGAGCUCAACAGAAGCACGAAAGGAAUGCACUGGACCAGUUACACCAACUGGACUAAAGCCAUCAACAAGUGGUGUCACUAGACCACCAUUCAAAAAGCAGCGAACUAAGUCAGACAACAAGAUUGUCAGUCCAGUGAUUCCCCAGCCUGGAGUGGAGCGCAAGAGACAUCCAAGCCAUUCCAGACAGUAUACUGAUAAGCCUCACCUCAGCCAACAAAAUUUGGUCCCUCCCAAAAAAUACAAUCCUAAGAAUGAACACUUUCAGUAUGGGAACUAUAACAAAUAUUAUGGCUAUAGGAACCCUGACCAGACUCCCGAUGUGAGACUAGACUAUUUGAAACGUGAUUGGUUUGAGGGCAAGGAAGUGCUUGAUAUAGGUUGUAACAUUGGACAUAUAACUUUAACUCUUGCAAGGGAUUUUAACCCAAAGCGAGUUGUUGGAAUUGAUAUUGAUAAAAAAUUGGUCAAUAUUGCGGAAAAAAACAUCAAACAUUAUCUUCGCAAGAGUGAUGCAGAGGAAGCCAACUUCCCCAAGUCAAUGAAAUUAUUAUAUGGUCCGUUAAAACCUCCUGUAAGAGCUGAUGGCAGCCGCAGCUUCCCAUACAAUGUUAAGUUUGUUCAUGCAAAUUAUGUUCUGGAGUCGGAUGAAUUGCUGGAAACGGUUCGGCCAGAGUUUGACCUAAUACUAUGUCUUAGUGUCACCAAAUGGAUCCAUCUCAACUGGGGAGAUUCAGGGCUCAAGAGAUUUUUUCGACGUAUAUUUCACAACUUAAAGCCAGGUGGAAGACUGGUACUAGAGCCACAGGGCUGGCCGUCAUACAGCAAGCGCAGAAAACUCACAAAAAGAAUUUUUGAAAACUACAAGAACAUCAGGUUAUUCCCUGAAAAAUUCAAUGACUACUUACUACAUGAGGUGGGAUUUAGCACAAGCGAGAAGAUGGUGACUCCUCAUCAUGCAUCCCGUGGCUUCCAAAGACCCAUCAUUGUUUACACAAAGGCUGGCAUUAGCACAAAGGUCAGCUCAUCUGGAGAAGGUAUGUCAAGAGAGGGCUCUACUAAGAGAGAGAGGGUGAAGGCAGGACGUGACUGUGAGGACAAGAAGAAAGAGACGGCUGAGAAAAUAGUUGAAGUGGAAGCUUCAGCGAAAAAAGCUCUGAAAAGGACUAUGGAUGAUUCUUCCACAGAAGCGCAAGGUAGUAUUUUGGAAAAGAAAUCCAGAAUAAAGUGCAAAGAUGAGGAACAGAAGAAUGCAGAUGUACAGACUCCAAGUAAUGAUACAAAACUUUCUACCCACCAAAUAACAGGACAGAAUGAAUGUGCAGAAAAUAUUGAAAACUUGAAAAAAUCCAAUAAUACCUUGGUACAUAACAGUCAGGAGGCUGGUGGUCUGGUUUCAGUGACAGAAAGACCGGAUGAUUCUGUAUUGAAGGCUUGUGAUGCUAGUGUCUGUGAUACAGUCAUUACUGGUAGUACUGGUAAUAGUUCUCUGGUGAAUGAAGUAGUUUCCCAAGUAACACAUUCCCCAAGUAAUGCACAAAGUGAGAGUAAAUUUGAUAAUCUGCCUUAUACUACAAUAACUAAUGUUGACAAUACUGAGAAAUGCAGUGCCACUUCAGAACAUGUUAUUCAGGCUGUUACCCCUCCUGGUAUUUCAGUUUCUCAAGUUGAUGUUUCAGAUAUAUCUUUGGCAAAAGAUGAAAGUUGCGCUGUUUAUAAUGUUAGAACUCUUCCAAGGGAAGAAGAUUUUACUGUGAUAGACAACUGUAUAUCCAGAAAAACUGAGGGCAUUGAUACUGGCCUUGUUGGUGUGAAAAACAAUAGACAUAGCCUUGAAAAUAAGGCUUCUGUGUGUAAUGACAUUAAAUCAUUAGAUAGGGAAAUCCCCGGAGACAUGGUGAAUAGUGAAGUGUCUGCUGGUUUAUCAAGCAGUAAAUCUCCCAAAGGGAAAGAAAACCUUGACUGCCCCAGUUGA